AUGAGCAGCAAUACACAAGAAGAAAAAGGCUCUAAUGGUGGUGAUGAUAAAGGCAGUAGUGACUGUGACUAUGACAAACGAUUGGAUCAGGAACUGCAAGUGGUCCGAACCCUACGAAUGACCAUGGUAUCUUUGCUGCAAAAUCUGCAAGGGGCACGAGACGACCUGGUGCUAUUGGGAGACAAAAUGGAUCGGGUGCGACUGGCUAGUGAAAAGUGCCGCAAAGCCAUCAUGGCCAAGAGGAAGCAGGAAGCAAGUGCGGGAUUAUCUCAUGAAGAAACAGCACCGCCCCCAAAACGAUUGCGCAAAGAUGGAUAA